AUGGAGAUGCACCACGUUUGAGCACAGCCAUUUAAAAAUCAAAUCUAUAUUUUAUACGAAACGGAUUCUACUUUUAGGUUGGCUUCAUUUCAGCCGAGUAGUGGGGCAUCUGUUUACGUCAGACGAUCUUCGAACACACGCUCAGCAUCAGCGCAUCUCUCCAUCUUCUCCCCUCCAUCCUCGGCCCCGCGUGACGCGCACAAACACCGCCGGACCUCCCGACCCUCGCGCUCUCCGCUCGCGCCUGCCUCGUUAUGCCUUUGAUCCCCGCCGGCCUGCCGCCAUGUCCGCCGCCGACCGCUCCCUGCCGCCGCUGCUGAUCCUCUUUCUCCCGUCUUCGCUCCUGAUCUGCCUGGAUGGCCCGCUGAGAGCGGCGGCGGCGGAGGGCGGAGGCCUGUCCUCACCCCCAUCUCCGCUCGGGGACAAUGGCGUCUCAGCCGCCGUGGGAGACACCUCGGCUCUGGCUACAGAAGCCCAGUUUUUCCUGAAGGUUCUGGCGAGAGACCUGGUGACCCGCCGGCCCCUGGCCGGGGUCUCUGUGGACGUCUACCUGAACCACACCUCGAAGAGUUCGGCCCAGACGGGGGAGGACGGGGAGGUCCUGCUCCGGGUGCCCUACGAUCCGGGCGUCAGUUUGACUCUGCUGGGCAGUAAGGAGGGGUACGUGCCCACUCCCCUGCCCUGGACCACCACCAGGAGACCAAUUUUCUCCGCCGUGACGUUGCCGCUGCUCCCUCACAGCCAGGGAAACAUCUGGCUGUUUGAAGACUCGGUACUCAUCACCAGGAGCAUACCCGACAGGUCAUCCCAACCUAAGGCCAAGUUUCCCAAGAACCUCCUCACCGUCUCUGAUAAAAGCAACAUCUCUUCAUUGACGGCAUACCUGACCGUACCACAGCACCACCUGGCAAAGGACCGCACUGACCGCACCCCAGGGAUCGUCAGCAGUAAAUCCGCGCUCAGAAGCGUGGAGCUGAAGGCGGUAGCGGCCGUCAGCAUUCAGUUGUACUCCGGCGGCGAGGAGCUUCAGGUCCGAGGACCCGUCCAAAUCAGCCUGCCGCUGGAACGCGACACUCACUCGAGGUCCUCGAACACAGUACCCGCCUGGGCCUUUGACCCGAAAACAGGUGCCUGGGAGAAUCACGGUCUGGGAACAGUGGAAGCAGUCGGCGACGAACUGGUUUGGACAUACACCGCUUCCCAUCUGGGCUACUGGAUCGCCGCCCCCCACCCUUCGGCAAAAGAUUAUUUUGGACACGCGAGUUCUAUGGAUUUCAUCUCUUACCACACCUACCUUUUGGUGGGAAUACUGGGAGGAACUCUUUCCUUAGCGAUCGGAUUCCUGUCCUGGCUUCUCUGUCACUGCGGCGGUUCCCGUCGAGAAGCCACGAGGAGGAGAAGGGCCCGCUUUUCCAAACUCACCGUAGCCAAAAAAGACCAGACGACCUCCACCCACGCGGAGGAGGGUUUGCUUCUACGACCAGGCGACAACGGCCUCACCUCCCGCAGCGUCCAGUGCGAACCUUUGUCCACGCCCAGACACAAAGCCAACUACAACAUCUACGUGGAAGAUCCGGGGAGUUUUACCGCAGCUCCCCCUUACGACGACGAGGGUUCGGAUCGGACGAAGGGGACCCGGCCUCCACCGCACUACAUCGACGACCGGAGACGCGAGAAAGAGGAGCGUAACCGGGCCGACCCGAACUCGGACAGCUUUUUUCGAGACAAAGCGGUUCACGCCUACAACCGGCCGCCGGCAAUCGUUCAAGCUCCGGAGCCGUUCGGCGCUCAGGAGCAGCAGCCGCCGGGCCGCAAGGCCGCCACGUUCCCCAGGAACGGAGCCGAGCACGAUGCCCACCGCGAGCCGGCGAGCAAAGAGGGUUACGCCCAGACGCUAGCGAAAGUCCACCGUCAAGGCGGAAGCAGUCCGCAGCGGGGCGAUCCGGACGAGCCUCGGCCUCCGGAGACACCUCCGCCGGGACAGGGUCCCGCCGCCGGCGUCUGGGGCCGCUACAGCAACCUCCUGGAGUCCUCCGUAUCCGUGCCGGGGACUCUCAACGAAGCGGCCGGCACGGAGGCCUUCGGCGGCGGCCACCGCGGCGAGCUCCAGGGGAUCUCCGAGCGCACCUUACUGGAACUGACGCGCGGCAAGUCGUCGGCUCACCCCAGGGCUUGGUUCGUGUCUCUCGACGGAAAACCGGCCGCCCAGGUUCGCCAUUCCAUCAUCGAGCUCCAGAGUCGCCACAGGCCACCGAGCAGCAACGACACCAGCCUGGACUCCGGCGUGGACAUGAACGAGCCUCCGCAGAACGUCCGCGACGUGGAGCGCGACAGGCCGUCGACGAGGGGCUCCUCGCUGCCGCGUCACGGCAGAGGCGGCCGUUACGGCGAGGAGCAAGACCCGAGCAGCAGUGAGAGCGGCACCACCGCCACGUGUACGCCAGAGGACCCUUCCCUGAGAAACAUUCUAGACGGGAGCAGCGGAGCCAUUCCCAACAUCCCCGAAGAGCGGGACGGGACGGACACGUCCAGCGCUCGAGAGGACAGCGAGUCGAAAGGUACGCCGCCACCUCGCCGACUUCGGAAGGCGAGAGAAAGAGGAAAGGCGGAGAAGAGAAGCGCCAAGCACGUCCGGGAAGGAAGACCUUUGACCAAGAGAAGUUAGAGCCGGCUUUAAACCGACGGGAACCACGUCCCGAAAUCGGCGUUCACUCGGCGGGCAUCGUCGCGCAACUUUGCCAAAGAAAGCAGAAGGCCACCGAAGAGGGCGGGUGCCUUUUAACCCUCCCGUUACGUGUCGUGUCACAUCGAGCCAUUUGAAAAGUUGGAAGUUUCUUCUGUUUGACUUUAUAAAGAGCGUACAAAAAUGUUUAACCCCCCGCACAUUUACACAGAGCAGUGAAAUGUAGGUGUCCUAAGCGGUUCUAUUUCUAUGUAUCUCUGCGUGAGACUAAUUUCAUCUGAAACACAGACCCAAAAAUCCAUUGCCUUUACAUUGCCUUUACCUCACUGGUUAACAGUGAGGUAAAUGUGCUGAGGUACUCAUCAGCAAAUUGGAUCCAUGUUGAGUGGACACAGAGGGGGUGGGUCAAACAUCAAUAUUUUCUUUAGGGAAGUAGUGAAAUCUUUAGAAUCCUUAAGAAGGGGUUUAGGGUUGAACAAUAGGACAGUUUGAACAAUAGGAAAGUCUUGAAAGAAAGACUAUUAUGCUGCCAAAGGAGAAGUAGAUUACUUGGACAAGGUUAGCAGAUCGUACUACACACAGGCAACGAAAUAGGAAAAAAAAAGUAGAUCAUUGUGAUCUAACGGGACGCGAAACGGUUUUGGGGGAAAUGUGCGAACACAAUGGGAGGGUUAAACAGUUUCUGCACCUCAUUCUGUCAUUUCUUGAAAUCUGAAGAUCACCAGCGAGAUUAUUCAAAGCUGAUACGACAGGUAACCAUUCCCAGCUUUUGCUUUCCAGACGGUGCCUUUGAAAAUGUCAUUUGUUUGCUUGUAUUUAUUGAAAAUCUGAAUCUGCAGGAUGGCCAGGUGCACCUAUCCUCACCACAAACGCCUGCUAGAAAUCCCACAAGCUUUCCUAAGUCUCUGUCGUCUCACUCGGUUUAUCGACGUGCCGCCUCGAGAGGACCGCGACACCCGACGGGAGAAAGACAAACGGGGACACGAGAACCGAGCCGCCACGUUACGUUCACACGCCACAUGCGAUAUUUUCGGAGUGCGGUCGCUUUUAUUUGCAUGAAAAUAAACGUUUCCUUUAGCGAGCGAACAGGAGGUCAAAAUAGGUUUCUGAAAACUCGGCGACCGAACCGUUUGCUCUCGUCGUACUACUCGGCGUAGCGCCGCCAGCGGCGACUAUUCCGACUCUGGGAUUUUCACUCAAAAGUCGGAGAGGAGCGAAAGAGCCAAUUUUUGUUUAUUUCCGAGUUUAGAAACACAUUCAGGGGUUUUAUACGCUUCGACGUAAAACGGGUUUUACUUUAACCGUCCGCCGAUCCAGCCGGGAUACUUCGGGCCGGGAUCUCGAUACACUUUUUACGUUUUUGCGGACGAUUCGAACGAUCGGCCUUCAAACGGAGGGUCGAAGCGGACGGAACGUUUCCACGCUUUUCGACCGCCAAGGGAGUCGGUCACACGGCUCAGUUUGCGAGUCGCGGAAAGCGAAAGCCGAUCGAUGUCGGGACCAGAGUUUAAAAGCGACCCAAAAAAAAAAAGGUUUCAGACACAUAACUUACGGACCGGUACCCACCGCUAUUACGCAUUUGGUAAAAAAAAGACAGAGCCUAACUAAAGUUCCAGGAAUCACCGCAAAUGACAAUAUCGUUCAUCUUUUAUAGUUCUUUUUUGGUAAGCUUGUAGGGCAGGCCAAACGUUUGGAAGCACAAAACAACAUGUCAGUAUACUUUGCAAGAAGAAGACUUUAUGGAAAAUAAUUUGUGAAGAAAAGCAUAAAAGACAGUGUUUUCCAAACUUUUGGCGUUUCCGUAUAAUCCGAAGAACACACAGAGGACCAAAAAGCAUCGAUUAGGAUUCCAAACACGUAGCCACCGCGACACCGUCAUCGGCCUCGGUACGUGAAGUCACAUAGCCUUCAGAGACAUUUGAAAUCGAGUAAUCGUCAGCGCAAACAAAUACGUCUCGGAGUUCAACUUCACCUUUAUAGUCUUCCAUCGUAGCUCUACCGCCAGCACACUUUUAGUCACGAUCCACGCUCGAUUCCGUAGGUCGGAGCGUUUGCUUUUCUACGUAAAUACCAUUUUCCGCAAGCGGUAGUUUAACGACGUCAUCUCGUUUGUCGAUUGUUUUUUUUCUUUUUUUCGCGGGGUUUCUAUUCGAAAGAAGGCGGUCUCUGCGGACGGAGCCGGAAGACGCGACGUCUCCGGCUUCUUCGGCGAGACGAGAAACACGACAAACACAUCGAUCCACACGAACGUAAUCUGCGUUAAACGCGCCACGCUCUCGCCAGUACGGAACCAUCCUAUCCAUCCGAACGGGCCACAGCUUGUAUUUUUGACUUUGUAGUGAUGUGAAGUGUUCUUGUAAUUGUUGCAUCUUU